AUGUGCUAUAUAAGAGGCGGUGGAAGGUGUGGAGUUAUAGGGGACGCGGAUAAAGAGCGUGAAAGAAGAUUUUCUCAAGCGAGGAUUGAUAGCAUCAUCUAUUAUGUGCGGAUUUUGAUCAAUGCUUCCCGCUGGACUUGGGAUCAGGGGAGAUUUGAGCUGAGGUCUGGGGAUGUACAAUGCGAAAUCGAAAACCACAAGGAGGUAUUCGGUUCGCUCAACAGCACCGGAAGGAAGCUGUUGGGCAGCCUCACCUCCCAGGACGACGCGGUAAUGUUGCAGCGCCGGCUGGACGAGAUGAACCAGCGGUGGAACCAUCUCAAGAACAAAUCCAUGGCCAUCAGGUAA